AUGAUCUCUAUGUCGCCCAGAAAUGCUGGUUCCAACGACGCGCGGAUUAUUGUCGAGGAGCAGUUUAGACCUGUGCUCCCUGUGAUGAAGUGGUCAGACGAGACCGACGUCAUCAACAGGGCGAACGGCACCGAGUUCGGUCUUGGGGCCUCUGUCUGGAGUAAGGACAUGGCACAGGCUGAGCGCAUAACGAAGCAGCUCCAGGCCGGCAACGUCUGGAUCAACAGCCAUGCGAAGAUCCAGACCAGCACGCCGUUCGCGGGACACAAGCAGAGCGGGCUGGGUGUGGAUAUGGACAUUGAAGGCCUCAAGGCUUACUGCAACAUCCAGAGUGUGUAUACGAGACUGGCUGGUGGCGCCGCACAAUACUGA